AUGGAAUUCAUUUCGUUACCAGAAUCUAUCAAACAAAAAAUUUACCAAAACUUAUUACCUUGUGACCUUAUCCAAUUAGGAGCAACAUGUCAAACAUUUCAUAAUUCUAUUUAUAAUGACAAUCUCUUAUGUCAAUUAUCACUUAUAGACCACUAUGAUGAAUAUGUUGUAGAAAAUAAAUCAGAAAAUUUAUUUAAAUUUGAAACAUUUGAAAAAAAAUCUGCUUCUGAUUGCUUAAACGUUAUUUAUCCUGAAGUUGUUAACAAUUAUGUAAAUGAACAAAAAUGUCAUUUUUGUCAUUUAAACUCAUUUAUUCCACAUGCCUCUAUUGAUUCUACUCAACUUAGUUUAGUUUGUACAUUAUUUCUUUAUUUUAUUCCAUACAUUCGUUGUCUUGCUAUCUUUAGUCCAUUAUGCAUUUUUGUUGCGUAUUUGAGAAAUAUUAAAAGUCAAAUACAACCUACAAUAAAUAGAUUAUAUCAUAUCGACAGAAUAAUAAAAAAACGUUUGUUUUAUAAUUUUAUUAAUCACAUUGAAUAUAUCCUCCCUUUCUUUUCUCUUCCAAUUCUUCUUGGUUUAGUAUUUGUUCACCCAAUAUUACUUCUUGUACCAUUAGGGUUAUUUGUUUUUAACUUUUACUUGAGACAAAAAUUAGUGCCUGUUCUUAUUGGUUAUACGUUGUCAAUUAUUCCAGUCUUUAUUUCAACUUUCUGUAAAACUCGUAAAAGUCGACUUGCAUUACUUAUGACUACUUCAAUAGCCACUGUUACUCCACUAAUUAUAGUAUUAAUAUCUCAAUACCGUCAAAAGCCAAUUAAUCUAUCUGAAUUUGUUAGGCGUUGUAUAAAUGGAUUAUUUAUUGGUGGAUUUAUUAGUAUUAUUUAUGGAAUGACCAAUAGCCUAGAAGUUUCAUUUUUUGUUAUUUUUUCGAUACUCGGUAGCGCCUUCAUUUUAUUUAAAAAUAACAUGAAUAAAUGA